GUGGCCGGCAGAGGCUCUGUCAGGGAGAGGCAUUCCACCAGAAUGGUUAUGGUUACACUUGGCUUCACUCAGCAGAGCGUGUUGAGCAGCUACAAUAUGCAGGGGACCGUGGAAUGGAAUUCAACUUGCAGAACCUGGCUGGAAACACAGUUUGCUUUGCAAAAGUACUAUCUUCCUAUUUGUUAUGGGAUUGAGUUCAUUGUGGGAAUUCUUGGGAACACUGUUGUUGUUUUUGGCUACCUUUUCUGUCUGAAGAACUGGAAUAGCAGCAACAUCUAUCUCUUCAACCUCUCCAUCAGUGAUCUAGCUUUUUUGUGCACUCUUCCGAUGCUGAUGAGAAGCUAUGCCCACCAAAACUGGAUAUAUGGGGAGGUGUUCUGCAUCAUCAACCGGUACGUGCUUCAUGCUAACCUCUACACCAGCAUCCUCUUCCUCACUUUUAUCAGCAUCGAUCGAUACAUGCUCAUAAAGUAUCCUUUUCGAGAACACCUUUUGCAAAAGAAAGAGUUUGCUGUUUUAAUUUCGUUGGCUAUUUGGGUUUUGGUAACCUUAGAAUUACUGCCCAUACUUCCUCUUAUAAAUCCCAUUACAACUGAACAAGGCACCGCCUGUCUUGAUUUUGCAAGUUCUGGAGAGCCUGGAUACAACCUCAUUUACAGCAUGUGUCUAACCCUGGUAGGAUUCUUUAUUCCUCUUUCCGUGAUGUGCUUCUUCUACUACAAGAUUGCUGUCUUCCUAAAGCAGAGAAGCAGGCAGCUCACUGCAACCUUGCCCCUUGAAAAGCCUCUGCUCUUAGUUAUCAUGGCAGUGGUGAUCGUCUCUGUUCUCUUUACACCCUACCACAUCUUGCGGAAUGUGAGGAUCGCUUCGCGCCUGGACAGCUGGAAGCACAAUGAAUGCACUGAAAUCAUCCUCAAGUCCUUGUACACUGUGACCCGGCCUGUAGCCUUUCUGAACAGUGCUAUCAACCCCGUCUUCUACUUUCUAAUGGGUGAUCACUUCAGGGAAAUGCUGAUGAGCAAACUGAGACACUACUUUAAAUCUCUUACAUCCUUCAGAAAAUGAACUCAUAUUUUAUGAGCUCAUACUUUCCUUCAGGAAACAGUGAGCUGCUUGUGAAGCAGAUUGCUUUAUAUGCACAACUUUCAGCCAAUCAAAGUUGGUUUUAACACAUAGAUAUAAAUCAAAGAGGAACACAGAUGUGAUGUGACUGUGGUUAACGACAGCUUGCAUAUGAAGUGUGGGAAAAGGAGAAGAGAAUGUGUUGAUUUGUUCACCUAAGAAUCUGGAGGAGUUGGACUAACACUAAUGUUUGGGUGAAGAAGUCAAACCUCAGUGUUAUGAAGACCUUCUCAAGCAGUGCAAAGAAUAAAAGAACCUGGGAGAUAGCUCAGCAGCACAGUACUGCCUGGCAAGCACAAGGCUCUGAAUUU